GUUAUCACAUUUCAUUCUUAGGAGCAAACGCCUUUAUUUGCAUUUACUGGCUUACUGCACCGUGCUAUAUAAUUGCCCCCAAAUUAUAUAAACAGAAACCGGCGGGAUGGGUCACUCAAAUGUAUUGGAAGCCCUCAACGUUCGAGUGGUGGGCAACGGCGAGAAAACCCUGGUGCUAGCCCACGGGUCGGGCACCGACCAGUCCGCAUGGCGGGGCAUUUACCCUCAUUUCGUCCGGGACUACCGCGUCGUCCUCUUCGACCUCGCCUGCGCCGGCAGCGUCAACCCCGACUAUUUCGACUUCUGUCGCUACACAACACUCGACGCCUAUGCCGACGACCUCAUCAACAUUCUCAGUACUCAUCUUAAAAUCCAGCGCUGCGACUACGUAGGCCACUCUGUAUCCGCCAUGAUCGGAAUCCUCGCCGCCAUACGCCGCCCCNUUAAUUUAAUAAUACUCCCUCCGGCCACCUAAGUUCUUCCCGUUACGCGUUACGAGGCUUGACCGACUUUAUUUUCAAUUCAAUUUAAUUGAUUCUAGGAGUAAAAUUUUAAAAUAAAAUUAUAUAGUAAUAAACUACAUGAAAAGUUCUACAAAAAUAGAUGUGACAAGACUAUAUUAUUUUACUAAAUGACUAGUAAAAAU